AAAUCGCAUCAGUCAUCACUUUCAUUUCUGAACGCUUCUUCCGAUUUCGAACGGCGCCGUGAAAAAAGUUGUUGGCUCUAUUGCCUAAUUAACUUUUUAAAUUGUUUUUAGUCCAUCUUCUGUGCGUUUAGUCAUUGCAAAUAAGAUGAUCAGCCACACCUUCCUUCUGCUUGCUUCUGCAUCUCUCGUCCUGGGUCACGGGAGAGUGACGCAGCCUCCUUCGAGAGCGUCAGCGUGGAGACUUGGGUUUCCCACACCGGCCAACUAUGAUGAUGAUGGCUUGAACUGUGGCGGCUUUUCGACGCAGUGGUCGAGCAAUGGGGGCAAAUGCGGAAUCUGCGGUGACUCCUACAGCAUACCACCCCCGCGCCCCCACGAGCUCGGUGGCACCUACGGCCUCGGCUUCAUCGUCGCCAAAUACCUCCCCGGGGCCACCAUCGCCACCACGACCCACCUCACCACCUCCCACAUGGGCUACUGGGAGUUCAAGCUCUGUCCUGACCCGACUGACAACUCCCAAGCAUGCUUCGACAAACAUCUCCUCGUGUCAGAAGAUGGAGAGACUAAAUACACUCCAAAACAAGGCAGUGGAAUCUACGAAGUCAACUAUAAACUACCGUCUGGGUUAAUCUGUGAGCAUUGUGUGCUCCAAUGGAGAUAUGUAGCUGGAAAUAACUGGGGUAUCUGCAAUAAUGGAACGUCAGGAUUAGGCUGUGGGAAUCAGGAAGAGUUCCGAGCAUGCUCCGAUAUUGCCAUUGGCGUGUCGAAGACACUAAGCAACGAAAACAUCCCGUCGCCGCUUUUCUACUAUUUGCAGCACGGAUUCUAUGAGUUAGAUCAAGGUUACCUGACACGCAAAGACCCGAAGCGUCCAUCGCCACCCCAGCGUCCCGCCAACACGAAACCCUCGAAUCGACGACCAAAACCAACGAAAGAAGCGUCUCAGAAGCCACAAGCCAAUAGACAGUCACAAAACUCAAUAGACCAACCUCCACACUCAAACCGUCAACCACAUCCCUCAAAUCAAUCUCCAAACUCAAACCAACCACAACCCUCAAAUCAGCAACCUCAAAACUCAAAUCAUAAGCCACAUCCCUCAAAUCAACAAUCUCAACACUUAAAUCAUCAGCCACAUCCCUCAAAUCAACCUCAAAAUUCCAACAGACAUCCACAUCCCUCAAAUCAACACUCAAACGCACAACAGUACUCUCAAAAUCAUCCCUCAUAUACUUAUCCUUCUCAACACCUACAAACUGCGAAUCGACAUCAGCAAUCAAAUAUCCCAUAUCCAUCGAAAGAUCUCCAAUAUUCACAAAAACCCCAUAGCAGUGCCCAUUCCCAACAUCCAAUUAGACAAUCUAUUUCCAAACAGUCAAACUCACAAAGACUCACCCAAACGCAUCACCUACAAUCAAAUCAACAUCCCGGAAUUCAACAGCUCUCUGUACAAAAACUAACUCAAACACAGAAUCCUCAAUCACAUCGUCAUACCUCUAAUGGACCUCAACCCUCAAAUCGAAAUCCUCAACCCGAAAAUCAACAGCUCAACUCACAAAGACUAACUCAAACGCACUCCUCAAACCAUUUAUCUCGACCUCAAAAAUCUAAGCCUUCGAAACAGUCGCGGCCAAGGCAAAAGAACCGUCAGCCGAAAUCAUCAAAAUUCUUACGAUACGAGUACAAGACAAGUGACGAGCGGAAAACGAAGAAAAACAAACGCAAGAAGAAAAAGACGCAGCCGGGUCGUGUCCAGAAGACAAAGAAACCAAAGAGACCUGUAAAAGUAUUCGAGCAACAUACCUACGAAUACUUUUAAAUACAUAGUAACAUUUAA